AUGGUGGUAAUAUUUGAAGAUUUAUCAAAUGAAUUAAUUUUAAAUAUAUUUGAGUAUUUUAAUGUCUAUCAACUUUAUAUACCAUUUGGACAGCUAAAUAGUCGUUUCAGUUCAUUAUUUAAUAGUGCUGGUAUUCAUUUUGAUCUUGAUCCUAUUCCAAUGAAUGAAUAUGCAUCAUUUUCAUUAUUACUUCAACCUAUGAAUAUUCUAUCUUUUACUUCACGUAAUUUAGAAAAGACACGUUGGUGGCUUUUUUAUAAUAAUGAAGCUCUACAACAAUUUUCUAAAAUUCGUGCACUUACAUUAGUUAAUGUUACUUAUGGAAUAAUCAAUCGACUACAUGAACGUCUUCCUACCCUGAAGAAUACACUGAUUUACGUCAAUAUCUCUGGUUGGUAUCUUUUUAAAAAUAUCAUCUUCUAAACAAAAAUCUUAGUUGACACAUUUUUGAACUCAGCAUCAAGAAAAUAAUGACAAGAUUAUUAUCAGAAUGAUGGAAUUCAUAAUAAUUUUUGUCAUAAAAUGGCUUGUUAUGCAUAGAAUAGUUCCCACUUUGAUGAACUGCAUAUUUUUCUAAGAAUUGGAUGGGAGUGAUCAGUUGUUUUCUGAAAACUAUGUCUUUGAUUACUUGGAUUUUUAUACGAGGUUAGUUCGUCUUUUGAGAAUCUGCUUUUUUCAUUCUAGUAUUAAGUUUCUUGUAGUUCCAUUCGAGUAUAUUUGAGCAGCUGAUAAACGUAAUACAGAAUGAACCAAUUAGAAAUCUCAUCGGAAGCUUGAAAAGAAAUGCCUUAUAGAAUCAACUCAGUUAAAAAUAACUGCUAAAAAGAUUGAUUCCCAAUAGGUAUUUGAUAACUUGAGCUCCACAGUUCGUGACAGUUACAUCUGAAAUUUGUUUAAAAGUUCCUAGAACUUGUAAGUGUUCAACAAGUUAUCAAUGGUUACUUUUAUGGGUACCGUUAGUUAGUCGACAACCUUUUCUAUUGACCAAUCAGAUUCAAGACGUGUUACGCUUUAAUUUGCACUUAAUCUUAAAGACGUUCGAGUUCGUUUCAUGUUAAAGCAUAACUAACUUUUAUUCUUCUUUUUCGAUAGUUUAUAAAUAACAAAAGGAAAAGAA